AGAGAGAUGGGCGGUGUUACGAGUGAAACGUAAGUCAGCAGCUGCUCCGGAUUGAGGAAACAGCAGCAAAAACAGGAAGUGCUGAUUAUCCGAGUCGAGAUUUCUUGAGGAGAGCAGGAAAAAUAAUCACCAGGAUGAGUAAGAAGGCGUCCAAUGUGGCCCCUGGUACAGAUGAAUCUCAUUCAAAGAUGUUUCCUUCCAGACAAGUUACUAAAGUAACUGCACAAAACACACAAACUGAUCAUGCCUCACUAAUGAGUAAAACUCAAAUGUUAUUAGAGGAGCAACAUCACAAUAAUACUGCCUCCAAGAGUUUAACCCAGUCAGUGCGAUCAGCUUCUCCUGUAUCCAGCUGUGUAUCCAUGAAGAGCAAGUUUUCUAUGGGAGAUCCACCAAACCUUCAAGAUGAACACACAAACACUCCACAGAGGUCAGUCCUGAGGAAGAGGGAGGGAUCUCUCUCACCAGUUCCCAGUUGUUUGUCCAUGAAGAGUCACCAGUCUAUGGAUCCCCCAUUGACAUUAAAGAAGAAAGAACUUCCAUCAGAACCGAUGUUAGAACCAACAGAGGCUGAACAUGAAGACACCAGCAGCCCACAUUGCCAGAUGGCUAAUGAGAUGUUGAAAUUAAAUCUGAAGGAGAAAUGUCAGUGUUUGUAUGAAGGAACUGCAAAGCAGGGAAACCCAACCUUCCUGAAUGAGAUCUACACAGAGCUCUACAUCACAGAGAGUGAAAGUGGAGGGAUCAGUAAUGAACACGAGGUGAGACAUAUUGAGACACAAUCCAGGAGUUCGGCAACAGAGGACACGCCCAUCAAAUGCAAUGACAUCUUUAAACCUUUAACUGGACAAGACAAACCCAUCAGAACUGUGCUGACAAAGGGAGUUGCUGGCAUUGGAAAAACAGUCUCUGUGCAGAAGUUCAUUCUGGACUGGGCCGAAGGGAAAGAAAAUCAGGAAGUCCACCUCAUAUUUCCACUUCCUUUCAGAGAGCUCAACUUGAUGAACGACAAAAAACUCAGUCUUUCAAAUCUUCUUCUUUUCUUCUUCCCAGAAACAAAAGAAAUCGAAAUUUCCAGUAACAAAUAUAAAGUCGCAUUUAUCUUUGAUGGUUUGGAUGAGUGUCGUCUGUCUCUGGAUUUUCAGAGCAAUAUGAGGUUGUGUGAUGUAAGUGAAUCUGCCUCUGUGGACAUGCUGCUCACAAACCUCAUGAAGGGGAAUCUGCUUCCCUCUGCUCUCAUCUGGAUCACCUCCAGACCAGCAGCAGCUGAUCUCAUCCCCUCUGAGUGUGUUGAUCGAGUGACAGAGGUACGAGGCUUCAAUGAGCCACAGAAGAAGGAAUACUUCAGGAAGAGAAUUAGUGAUCAGAGUCUGGCCAAUAGAAUCAUCACACACCUGAAGUCAUCAAGGAGCCUCUACAUCAUGUGUCACAUCCCAGUGUUCUGCUGGAUUUCAGCCACUGUUCUAGAGAGAAUGUUGAGUGAAGCAGAGAGUGGAGAGAUCCCCAAGACUCUCACUCAAAUGUACACAAACUUCUUGAUCGUUCAGAUAAACAUCAAACAUGAGAAGGACUAUGACAAGAAAGUGACAGAUGAAGAAAUGAUCCUCAAACUGGGGAAACUGGCUUUUGAACAGCUUGUGAGAGGCAAUCUGAUUUUCUAUGAGGAAGACCUGAGAGAGUGUGGCAUUGAUGUGACAGAUGCAUCAGUGUACUCAGGAUUGUGCACUCAGAUCUUCAGAGAGGAGUUUGGCUUGUAUCAGGGGAAAGUUUUCUGCUUUGUUCAUCUGACCAUACAAGAACAUCUAGCAGCUCUAUAUGUGCACACAUCAUUUAGCCUGGGAGAUACCAACAUACUGUAUCAUUGGAAAACAUCUAACAUUGCUCCCCAAUUCAAAUUUUCAACCAUUUCUGAUCUACACAAAAGUGCUUUAGACAAGAUGUUGCAAAGCAAAAAUGGUCAUUUCGAUCUUUUCCUCCGUUUCCUCUUGGGACUCUCUCUUGAAUCAAACCAGGCUCUUCUGCGCUGUGUUAUUUCCAAGACAUCAACCAUCGCUUCUGAAAGUGUGACGGACACUAUAGACUACAUUAAGAUUCGACUAAGGAUGAAUCUCUCCCCAGAAAAAUAUAUCAACCUGUUCCACUGCCUUAACGAACUCAAUGACUUUUCUUUAGAGGAGGAAAUACAGAGUUUCCAAAAAAGCAGACGGCUUUCGAAAACCAAGCUCACUGCCUCACAGUGGUCAGCUCUGGUCUUUGUCCUGCUGUCAUCUGAGAGCUGUCUGGAUGUGUUUGACCUUAGGAAGUAUAGUGAGAACAAUGCAGAUGAAUGUCUGGAGAGGAUGUUACCUGUUGUCAAGUCUGCAAGAACAGCUGAGGUCAGGCACUGCAACCUCACUUCCAGAGGUUUUCAGGCACUAAAUUCAGCUUUCAGCUCAAAGUCCACUAACCUCAAACAUUUGAAACUGAGUGGGAAUACACUACACGGUUCUGGAAUGCAGAUUCUCUCCCAUGGGUUGCAAAAUUCACACUGUAAACUUGAGACACUAGAAUUAUCUGAGUGUGGUAUAAAUCCCAGAGACUGUACCUUAUUAUCAGAGGCUCUUAAUUCAAAUCCUUCAAAUCUGAGAGAGCUCGACCUGAGCUUCAGUUUUGCUGGAGAUACAGGAGUGACAGCAUUAUCAUCUCUACUGAAGAAUCCGCAGUGUGCGCUGCAGAAAUUAAAACUUUUGAGCUGUAGAAUUGAAGGGCAAAGCUGCAAGCCGCUGGCUGAUGCUUUGAGCAGAAACACUACACUUAUGGAGCUGGACUUGAAUAAAAAUGACCUACAGGAUUCAGGAAUAAAGCUGCUCAGUGCUGGACUGAAGAAUCCUAACUGUAAACUGACAACUCUGAGUCUGGAAGACUGUAAUAUCACAGUAACUGGUUGUAGAUUUCUAUGCUCAGCUUUGAGCACAAAUCCUCAUCUGACUGAACUCCGGCUGAACAUGAACAAGAUACAAGACUCGGGAGCGAAGAUUAUCUCAGAUUUACUGAAAAAUCCUGAAUGUAAACUGGAGAGACUGAGGCUGUCAUACUGUGAUAUCACAGAAAGAGGUGGUGCUGCCAUGGCUUCAGCACUCCAGUUUAAUCCCUCCCACCUCAGAGAGCUGGACCUGUCUGGGAACAAAUUGGGUGAAGCAAAGAAGCGUCUCACUGCCCUGCAAGAACAUUCAAAUUAUAGACUGGAUAAACUCAUGAUAGACAGAUAAAUUCAGUAAAGACUCUAAUUUGAUAUUAUAGUACAAUAUAGCCUGUAUCGGUAAAACAAAUUGCUGUUAAAACUAUAAAGUCAAGGUUUGAUUGGUUAUCAUGAUCCAGUUAACCCAGUGGUUCUCAAAGUGUGGGGCGUGCCCCUCAGAAGAUGCAAAUCUCAUUCACUUUCACACAUUCCAAACAAAUUUGACAAUACAUCCAAUAAUCAAUGCGCACAAUGUGUUUUCCUCCGCCUUUGUAAGGCGAGGACUUGAGUUUAUCCACUGGUUGUUGAUUGGAUUGUGAAAAUAUGGGCGUUGCGUAGCGGAAUGGAGGCAGAUCUGAAUGCGAGUUUGCAGUGGACACACACACCCCUACCACCGUAGUGUUUGAGUCUGAGCUGGUUAUCGGUGAAAUUGAGCAUCGAUCUCAACACAUUUAUGAUCAAACUGACAACAUAAACGCACGAGCACAUCACGGUCUUUGCUUACGAUGAGGCUGUAGCCAUUGUAAAACGAGUGUGUAAAAAAAAAUAACCAUAUUUUAACAUUUUGAAUCACAAUACUCUUAAAUAUAAAGGGAAAAAACUCUUACUUGUGCUGUGCAUCCCAGGAUAACUGCAUUUUAAAAAUAUAAAUAAACUCCAGAGGCAUCUGAAGCAUUGUAUUCAGAAGUGAUCACACCAGCAAUUCAGGCGUGAAAUGUCUCAAACACAACUGUGAAUUCGCCAUUAAUUUGCACUUUGAAAGUUCAGUUUUAGUUUAACUAAAAAAAUAAUUUAUCUUUUUAACCCUUAUGUUCUGUUUGGGGUCUAUAUGACCCCAGACCCACUUAAAAUAGUAAAAAAACAUGCAUCGUUAUUUUUUUGUUAUAUGUAUAUAGAGGGAAUAAAAGAAAAGCUCUUUGAAUAUCAGCAGUUCAAGACAUAUUGGAAUUGGCAAAAUCUAUUACAGAGAGCACACCAGUUAUCUAGCUUUGGAAAUGAUGAAACAAUUAAACAAUAAACAAUCUUUCUAUAUACCAUUUUUAUUAUUAUUAUUAUUAUUAUUAUUAUUAUUAUUUUGUGUAAUCCAAAAGUUAUAUGGUUAUUUUUAGAUUUUAAAAAAAAAAAAAUUCCUGAAACAUGCCCUUGAAAUUUGCAUGAAAUUUACAUUUGGCAGUCCUGUUGUCCAGAUGAUGUGUGUGUAUAUACUGUAAAUUUGCACAUAGUUAGUUUGCCUGGUUAGUGAGUGUAUAGUAAAAAUAAUUUAUUAAUUUUAUUUUUUUUAAACAAUUAUAUUGUUCAGAUCAGAAUCAGAUUGACCCCAAACAUAAGUAAUGUUACUAUUUAAAACAAAAAAACAAAAGGGAUAUUUAUUUGUUCAAUAACAUAUAUAGAACAUAUACAGCUCUAUUUUUUUUCAUUAUUUUGUGUAAAUUAAGAAAUAAUAUGGUUAUUUCUGUAUUUAGUUGCUUUUCUGAAAUGCACAUUCCUACUUCAGAAAAUGUAAGAGUUAAUGAUACUCUUAUUUCUAUUCUUUUAUCAGUUCAAUAAGCUCAGGAUAAAUGGAAAGGAACAUUUAAGCAGGAAAAAAGGUUUAUUUCAUAAUUAUUAUUAUCAUUUUCACACUUUAAUCAUUGGGGUAACUGUGACCCCAAACAAUGAGGAAGUGAAGCAAAUCUCAACAGAACAUAAGGGUUAAAAUAUCAUGCAAAUGCUUUAGACCAACUGGAAUAGCAACAGUCUGAUUUUUGCUUAUUCGGACUAACAGACCUAGAUAAUGCGAUUGGAGCUCAACUUCAUUCAUCAUGCAUCCACCUUAAUCGGACCAUAACUGGCCUCGGUGUUGUGCUCAUGUUAAUUAUCUCCCCUCUUUAAAUGCCUAUAAUGAUGUGUUACUGAAGUGGGAAAAACUUGUCUACACUGAAUUUUCUGAUGUCUGGACUCUAUCUGCAGGGGUUUAUGAUUUAAAAUAGUGUGUGUGUGUGUGUGUGUGUAUAUAUAUAUAUAUAUAUAUAUAUAUAUAUAUAUAUAUAUAUAUAUAUAUAUAUAUAUAUAUAUAUAUAUAUAUGUAUGUAUGUGUUAGUGGUAAUGGGUACUUUCAAUGAGUAGUUACAUUUCACGUUGACCGCAAAUGUCAUGUCCGUAACACUGGAAUUGCUCAGAAGUAACUGGAGAGCUCAAAUAUUUAAUUAAGCAUUCUGUCAUGAGUUUUUUGACUGACAGAUGAGGACUUGAGCUCGACUACGCAAAAACCUGCUGUGCCUUGAUUGUAACUGCACAUAUAAAUGUUUUUCGUAUCCCAGCCUUCCAUAUUGAGACAACUAUACUGUAAUAAACUACUGGUUGGUUAACUUCCUGAAUUAUUUAAA